AGUGAAUAGUUUUGUUACCAUUUAUGAUAACUACCCAACAUUUCCUCACCUACUGCUUAACUCGAUCGGGAGUGCUUUGAAAAUUUUGGACGGGGUGAAUGCAGUGGACUGGUAUCAUGGAUGAAUCUGGAAAUCUAAUUAUUUCUACCAACCUCCAGAAUGUGCUACAUCGAUCGAUCUAUCAAUGGUUGGGAGACCAAUCAUCUGGGAAGGGGCGAGAAGCAGAAUUCAAAAGUCGAUCCGAGUCAUUUGAAUGGAGUCAGAGACAUGUAAUAUGUAAAUGAUUGAUUCUCAGAUUUUGUGGGGUGUGUUGGAUGGCAAUGGCAUGGUGAUGGUGAAGGACUAAUGGUGGCUGAGGCCUGAGGGUUACAUGACAAAAGGAAAUAUUUAUUUGACCUAUUCGCCACCUGAUUUAUGUAAAUAUCAUUGUUAUAACAACCAAACUGAUCAACGGUUGAACCAGUAGAAACGCCAAAUCAGUUACGAUAGCGGUACAGUUCAUUGUUUGGACGGUUAUUGAUGAACCAAAUAGUUUUUCACGGUUCAACAUAAAAUCAGAUAAACCACCACGAUUUAAUUGGUCCGCUGGUUCACUGUUUUAACCACAAAUUAAAACAAAAUAUAUCGAAAAAAAAAACAAAUAGAGAUAGAAUCAGACAAAUUCCCUAAAUGUCCCGGCGAUUCACGGAAGGUGAGAAUGAGAUGAAUAAUUCUCUCCUUCUGAAAGAAAUUCAACGUAAACCUAAAACCAUCAAACUAAAAUUAUUAAUUUUAUUUCUACUUCCCUUCUCAUUUUCACACCCUACUCCUAGUAUUAAUACAUUCAAGUAAAUAACAAAGACAUGAAGUUGUGUGAUCUUAAUACCCUAGAUCCAAUAAAAUAACAAAGACCGCAAAAGUAAGAGCAACCCAACUUCCAUCAUGACAUUAUAAACAUAAUGUCAUAUAGAGACUUGUAUCCCUCUAUGAUCUUAAUGUACUGUGUUUGAGUGGGGAUCGUUUUGACUUCAGUAGGGGAAAGGGUGAGAUGCAUAUAUGCUUAUUGAAUGUCAUACAAUCCUCUCCCAUGUUGCUUUAUUUUUGCUCUGUACCUAUGCUAUCUUUUUAAAUUUCUAAUACAAUAAGUUCAUCGUUACUAAAAAAAAUGUCACAUAAAUACAUGAUCGUUUCUAUUCUCCAUUGAAUUGUGAUAUGUGGAGAGUAGAGUAGAGAAAGUGGCGGAGUGGUUGCUAACAUGCAUUGGGGAAGUGACCUACGUCCACCCACAGUCUCGUAUGCUAAACAGCUAAACCGCAAUCUAGACUAUAACAGACCAAGAGAUCAAAACAAUCUUGUUUCGUUGUAAAAGUUUGACGAUAUGAAUAUUCCUGUCUAUGAACGAUGGUGAUGGCGAUGGCGUGUUUUCCCGUCCUAAGCAACCACCAACAAAAAGGGAGAACAUCGAAAGCGUAUGACUAGGACGAGUCAGCCCAUUAACACACAACAUAAGCAGGCCUUUGCAUCGUCCAAUGAAUUCAGGAAGUCCAAUUGAACUUCCUUUCCCCACGUUUCCGUGUCCCGCGUGGACAAGGAACUGAGCUGGAGCCGUUCGUGUCCUCCGUCAAAUUCAUCGACCCCUCCCCUGGCCUUUUUCUAUUUCUAACCUUUACUUUUGGACAGUAGCCAUUUUGGCUCCUAACAUAUAUACUUUUUACUCCCCUGUACAUUAUCUAUUAACGAGAAAGCUCCUAAAUUUGGUAAGUUUCAUAUACCAACUCUUUCCGUCGGAGUUCACAUUUUCCUUGGUUUGUAUUAGGGAUGGAUUUUCGGUUUUUUCGGUUAUAACCGGUAACCGAACGAUCGGUUAUCGAUUAACCGAAAGGCCGAUCCCCCCCAACCGACAACCGACCAAAAUAGGUUUUGGUUAUCUCGGUUAUCGGUUAACCACCUCUCCUCCAGGACCGAAACCAUCUCGUCCAACUUCAGAUAACAGACCAAAUUCCAGUUAUACCGGUUAGUGGAUAACUGACCGAUUAUCGAUUUAACCUACCGGUUAACCGGUUGCCGACCUCCACCCCUAUUUGUAUUUGGUUGUGGCUCAUGGGUGGGUUUUGAUUAAGUUAUCGUGCAAAUUAGUGGGGUAAAACUUAAUGCCAACAUUUUUUGUCAGAGUUAACAUUUCCAUGAUUUGUGUUUGAUCGUGGCUAUUGGCUCGUGGGCUUUGAUUAAGUUACCGUACAAACGAGUGACUUAAAACUUAAAGGUAAGGUAAUAACUAACUUCAAAAAAAGGUAUACAUACAAUGACCCGUUUCACUCUUUUCAAUUGAGGUCCUAUACUCUAUCAUCUAUUUGGUAGUCAAAUCACAACAGCAAUUUACUACAAGCCAUAUCAAUAUGAUAAACUAUACACAAAAAUUUAUACUAAUAAGUAAUUAAACAAUAAUUGUACCAUCCUAUAUCAUUUAACUUGUGCUGCACGAUCUCAGAUAAUACGAUUUCACAAAUCAUGUUAUACUUUCUCAUCCCAUCGACCCAUCCCAUUUCCCAUCAUGACAAAUUUCUCCCACUUUUAGCACCGGUGAGCUCGUUAGUUUACUUGUCAUCUCUAGGACCAGCUGGUUGAAUACAAUAUGCAUAACAAGUAGGUCCACGGUUUGAUGGUUGGCAUUGGCAUGAAAGACAAAGGAAGAGAGCUAGCAAAGGGAGCUCGGUAGUUUUGGCGUGAUUCGGGCAGAUUUGGGAGAAGUUAUAAUGUUCAAGGACUAGAUUGAGAGGAGUAAAAAGUUAUGGGCUCGAUUCGAGAACAAUGCCGAAGUUCAAGGGCAAAAUUCGUCAUUAGUUCUUUCCUUUUUCGAAAAUUCGGUCCACUCCCCCGCCUCAGCCUAUCUUCUAUCUUUCAAUCCAGUCCUCCAACUCCAAAUCCCUAAUCUUCAUCGUCUAAUCUCAACGUCCUCUUCCUCACCUCUCUUUCUUUUGGUCGUCUUCCUCAGACCAACUAAGGUACUGUGAUUCUCUCGCUCUUUCAUGGCUUCCCAUUUAAGUUUCGGUUAAACUGCAGCUAUGAGGUUUUACCGGGAAAGUAGCGUAAAAUUGGAGAAGAUUCGGUCAAAAUUGGCGACGUGCUAAAAUAUCAACAGCCAAGCUCCAAUCAAUUCGGACAGAUUAUUCGCUGACCUUCUGUCUCCCCAUAUUCCUAGGGUUUCGUAUUCCAUCUCUUUCCCUCUAUCAAAAAUCCACAUUGUCGCUUCCCUCCCUCUCUCCCCUCUCGCCGGUCGGUGAAUUUUCCCGGAAAAUUUAGUAUUUUCCGAAAAUAAUCCCGACCCGCGACUGAUCCCCCCUCCCCUUCCCCUGAAUUCCUCUUCCCCCAAUUUUGAAUCAUCUUCCUCGUGAAGAUUUUGAUUAAUCGGAAUAUCUAUUUGCUUUGGGUUGACAUUGCUUUGGCGAUCGUCAAACUUUUCAGGUUUUGCUUUUGGAGAUCUUUGUCGAUGUUCUUUUCCUUCAUUGUCGUCCGCUUUCUCUGUUACGGUGCCUUGAAAUUUGGGAAAUGAAUAAGCUAUAAGGUUUGAUUUUGUUGCAGGGAGCUUGAAGGAAAAGAGAAGGGAGAAUCGCCGCCAAUUUGUUAUUUACAUGGCGAGUCAAGGCGGUUCUUCGAGGAAAAGUUUGACGUUCUCCAGCUCCUCUGUGAAUGGCCGGAGGAAAUCCGCCGCUGACAUUGGAGCUACUGGUGACCCGCCGCGCAAAUCAAUCGUCAUUUCUCGUCCUGUAGGUUUAACCGGAGAGCGUACUGUUAAGCGAUUGCGUUUGUCAAAGGCUUUAACGGUACCUGAAACUACAAGUAUAUAUGAUGCCUGCCGACGUAUGGCUGCCCGAAGAGUUGAUGCAUUAUUGCUGACCGAUUCAAAUGCACUGCUCUGUGGAAUCCUUACGGACAAGGACAUAGCGACCCGGGUCAUUGCUCGGGAGAUCAAUCUCGAGGAGACUCCAGUUUCUAAAGUAAUGACGAGGAACCCGGUUUUUGUUCUCUCUGACACUCUGGCUGUGGAAGCUUUGCAGAAAAUGGUGCAAGGGAAAUUCAGACAUUUGCCUGUUGUAGAAAACGGGGAGGUUGUCGCUUUACUUGAUAUAGCCAAGUGUUUAUAUGAUGCUAUUGCCCGUAUGGAAAGGGCUGCUGAAAAGGGGAAGGCGAUUGCUGCGGCUGUUGAAGGUGUUGAGAAAAAUUGGGGUGCUUCUGUUUCUGGACAAAAUUCUUUUAUCGAGACACUUCGGGAACGGAUGUUCAGGCCUUCCUUAUCAACAAUAGUUCCAGAGAAUUCAAAGGUUGUAACAGUUUCACCGACUGAAACAGUUUUGGCAGUGACAAAGAAGAUGCUUGAAUCUCGGUCAAGCUGUGCUGUGGUGAUAGUUGAUAAUAAACCACGCGGAAUUCUUACUUCAAAAGACAUCUUGAUGAGGGUGAUUGCACAAAAUCAUGCCCCAGAUUCCACCCUUGUUGAAAAGGUCAUGACUCCUAAUCCUGAGUGUGCAACGACUGAUACACCAAUUGUUGAUGCCUUGCAUACGAUGCACGAUGGAAAGUUUUUGCAUCUUCCUGUUGUGGAUAAGGAUGGUGUUGUAGUUGCUGUUAUAGAUGUGAUUCACAUAACUCAUGCUGCUGUGGCCACGGCUGGGAAUGCCGGGGCAGUAAGUAAUGAGGCCACGAGCACAAUGAUGCAGAAGUUUUGGGAUUCUGCAAUGGCAUUAAGUCCUCAUGAUGACGAUGAUGAGUCUCGGAGCGAGGGAUCAUUGAAACUGAAUUCUGAAGGAACAGAGUCUGGGAGAACCCUUCCCUAUCCAUCAUCGUCAGUGCCAAAUACAUUUUCUUUCAAGAUUGAAGAUAAACGAGGAAGGAUGCACAGAUUUACAUGUGAAACUCGAAGUUUGACGGAUCUAAUAACAGCUAUUCUUCAACGGAUUGGGAAUGAUAUCGACCGCAGUAACUUGCCUCAAAUUUUGUAUGAAGAUGAAGACCAUGACAAAGUUGUUAUCGAGUGCGACAAUGAUCUAUCAACUGCCGUAGAGCAUGCGAGAGUAACCGGUUUAAAGGGUUUAAAAUUGCAUUUAGACUAUUCGGGAGUGAAGGGUCAUAGAAGAGGGAGGGGGAUGCAGCAGUCUAGUUCAGGAAGUUUAGAUUACGCACAAGGAGAUGCGUGGGCAACUGCUUAUAGUACAGUGGCAGCAGGUGCAGCAUUGGUUGCUGGGUUAGGGUUUUUUGCUUAUUUGAAGAGAUCUGGUAAUUAAUACACACGCAUAAACUUACCAGCUAAAUGGUUUUUUGUUUAGUUGAUAGCCAGUUUGUUGUACUCUGAAUCUUGAACUAUCCUGUAAACAGAGGGAAACCGGGAGUGUUGGAGGGGCAAUACCUCUCGAAUGGUUUUUUUUUGUAAACAUAUUGGCCAAUGAAAUAGUGAUUUGGGUGCUUGCUAACAGUCUUUUUCUUUGCUACUGUGUAAGCACUGAUCGUUUUGAAAGAAAUAUAUAAUGUUCAAUGAAGCUAAAUCAAUUUUGCAAGGAAGCUAAAUAAGAAUGGACCAUAAUAUUAAAACCAAGCGUUGAGACUAAAUCACAUGUAUGAUGCACCUGAAAUUCUGGAUCAUAGCAUUUACACUACCAUAUAUAAUUGAACAUUAACCACGAAAUUCCUAAUUUAUCAAGGUGAUAAGUAGCAGGGAAAAAGCAGUUUAAGGAAAGCAGUUUCAGGACCCAGAUCGGCGAGUGUCUUCAACGACUCACUGCCACUGAUCGUUUGCUUUGUUGCAGUGACUAUUGAGGGAAAGUUUGUGUACAGACGAUAAAAACGAUGGGCUUGGUGGUCUGGUGGUAGUGAGUUGGGCAUUCCCAAAUUUUGUAUGGUUUUGUUUUGUUUUGUCUACUCAUUAUGUGAAGAGGACAGUCCAGCUGCGACACUGACAAAUUGGUGGCAAAGGUGACCGCUUGUUACUUGUGAGUUGUGACUUAUACCCUUCUAAUAGAGAAUCACUGCAAUAAACAUCUAAUAAAAAUACAUCUAUAUUAACCUUUACGACGAUAAUAACAAUUACAUUGGUUUUAAUUUUUUUUUAAUUAAAACUAUGCACGGAAAUGAAACUAACCAGAAAAACGAUUUCAACAUAAAAAACAACAAAAACUAAAGCACUACAACUAAUGAAUCCAAUAAUUUAAUAUAACUGACUGGUUUUCAUUCUACAUACAAAAAACGCAAUGUGCAUCAUAUACAGUGGCAGAGCCAGAAAAUUGGUCAAGGAUUGUCUUUAUCAUAUCAUAAAAAAUCACCUAUACAAUAGAAAAAUCAACUUUAAAUGAAACAAAAAGUCAACAACGCAAUACUCUAAAUUCAUACAAUUACAUUAAAAUAGUUUCACGUACACCGGUUACAACGUCAAACAAAUAAGUUCAGUACAUACAAGUCAAGACUUCCAUUCAUCAAAUAUUACAAAUUAGAACUCAGAAGUACCUUGGAAUUGAUUUUGUGAAACAAACAAGUGAACUUCAAUUGGUACUUAUUCACUUUCAGUCUUGUUUAAACAAAAGACAAGAAAUUUCUCUGUUAUAAAGCUACAAAAGAAAUGAGCGAGUUUAAACAAAAGACAAUAAUUUAUUACUAUAAAUAAAGACGAAAGUGCAUUGCAUAACAAAACUCACUCAAUCAAGAUGGUAAGAAAUUCUUCUUGCAACUGAAUAGUCACUUAUUCGAAUUUGUAUAUACCCCUACUCGAGAAUUUUUUCUCCAAACCCAAGGUAGGUGCUUGUGGCUCCGCCACUGAUCAUAUAAGUUCGGAAAUUGGCCCAACCCGUCAACCCGAGCCGACCCAACAGUAAAAUUGGAGGUUUACA